AUGUCCGAGCCCAUCGACUGCACUCGACCCAGAUCCAGUCGUUCCACAACCCCCGAACUCCCCCCUGCCGAGGAAGCCCUCGGUCAGCUCACCCAGCGGUCUCUCUCGGGUACAUCGUUCCCGGGCACACCAAGCAAGUGUCAGACGGUCUGGACUCCACGCCUGACCCCGAAGCGUUUACGGCCGGCCUCCGCGUCCUCGUGCAUUGCGAAUGCGAUCCGCGCGUCCCAGCCGCACAUUGCCAUACAGCGGCUCGCCCCCGGCGGUACACCGGUGCCCCAGAGCAUGCUGCCCACCCUCAGAGCCGUGCUGAACCACCGGGCCUUUGCCUUCUUCUUUGCCGCCCGUGCCCGCGGCUACUACGCGUCCGCCACGGCCGCGGAGCUGGACUCCGUCUACACGGCCAGUGUCGCCGUUGUGACGCAGUACUAUCCUAUAGAACCCGAUCGCCAAAUCGCCGCUGAGAUCUACGCAAACAACCGCCCACUGGGCGAUACGACGCAGCUCCCCAAGCUCCCCGGGGCCCUGCUGCCCUACCUACACAUGUCCAGCCACGACCUGGACGCGGACCUCAGAGUCCCGUAUCUCUACCGCCGCCUGCUUACCAUGAACACGCCCGCAGAGUGGGAGGCUGUGGUGCGAGAGUCGCUGGUCCUGUUUGAGGAGCAUGCCAUGCUGGCGGAGCUCUGGAGCACGGUGCUCGCGGCCCCCGCCCACGACGCGUUCGUUACCCCCGCCUGGACAGCCGUUAUCGCGGCCCCCGACCAUCGCCUUGUGCUGCUGUUCCAGAAGGCCGAUCUCGACAACAACCGCAUCCUGCUGCAGCUGGGCCGCAUAGCCGUGGCCACGGGGUGCCCCUUCUAUGUCCUGUGGUACACGCGUUACCGAGACCUGCCGCUCCCCAGCUAUCUGGCGCUGACGACGAUCGAGGGCCUGGACAAGGUGCUCUGCUUCUGCGCGUACCUUGACCCGAGCCAGGACAGGUGGGCGGACGAGGUCUACAUGGAUCCCGUGACGCCGGGCGAUCGGGAGAAACUGUCCGACAUUGGCGUCUUUGUCAGAAAUUCUGUUCACGGAACAAACCCCUACGUAUCGCUGUGCCCCCUGGACAGGCGGACCUGGGAUGGCCGGAAAAUGGACCUGCUCGCCACCUGCCGCCGCUUUGGCCCGGCGGUCAGAAACACAAUCGCUGUCCCACCCAGCUACGAGAAGCUCAUGGAGAUGUUUGUGCUCCCCGAGACGGACGCCGACUGGCACACGUGCAUUGACGAGCUGGGGCGCUUUUUGAUGAACACGUGGCACUUUAGGCAGUAUGUAGAAAAAUUACCUUGGUAA